UCAAUGUCGGCCUCCAUUGUUCACGAAGCUAUUUUAAAUUUUGGGGGGAAUCCGAAAUCAGCUGUUAUCUUUCAAAUUAUAUGCUCAAGAAAGAAAGAGAUUCAGAAUCGUUUCACAAAGGGUUUUGAUCGACACUGAAACAGCACAAGGAUUUAAUGCCGAAGCGAAGAAAAUCAAGCAAAAGGGUAGCACCGAAGGCGGAGGAGGCGGUGACCGUACUUUCAUCGGAGAAGAAAGAUACGCCCAUAAAGAAACCGACGCACGCAAAGAAAGGGGAGAACAAGGACGAUCCGCUGGAUGAGAGUCCUUUGAGAUCUAUUUUUUGUUUGAAAAAGAUCGUCGAUAUGAAGCGCAUUGAGGAGACUGAAGAUUGCUUUAUUCUUGAUUUUAACCAUUCCAAUCCCGUUGACGUUGCCAAGCUCUCCGCCGCCAACGACGGCGAUGUUGAUGAAGAACUCUCCGUGGUCGCCGAGCGUGGCCAGGUGGCUUGCAGAGAUUAUCCACAUUCAAGGCAUCUUUGCCUGCAAUUUCCAUUCCGUACUACACCUCAUGACAGACACUGUGAUCUGUGCUACUGUUAUGUUUGCGAUUCGGCUGCCCCUUGUGAGUGUUGGACGACACAUUGCCAUGCGACUGAGCAUCUGGCGGAGUGGCAAUCUCAAAGGCUUGUGAUGAUUCGGAAGUCCGGAAUGACUGCCCUUAAAACAGGGGUUUUGCCUGUUUAG